UACACACUAGAUCCCGUUCUGUUCCUUGUUCCCAUUGCCCUAACUCAGGAGCCAUAGGAGGAAUCCAACUACAGUACCUAGGUUCGCUAGUCCCCUUUCCUUGCUACUAUCUAGGCCGCCCACGUCGCCGUUCUUCUCGAAAACUGUCUGCGUUUAAGUCCCUUUCGUCGUCAUCUUCCCACCUCCCGGAAGCUUGCUCGAGGUUCACGCGUCACCCCUGUUCAGAUUCGCUUGGCUGAUCUUAGUCGUUCAGACUUAGUCCCACUCUUACUCUAGGUUUACGCGGUCCAGUGCAUCAUGGACCCAUUUCCGCUUAACGAAUGGUUACCAGCCAGACCCCAUAGGUGACAGAAGUUUAGAUCGGUACGUGAAACGGCAAUUUCCAGUCUCACUCCCGCAUCCGCCAACGGUCACGUUUCCAUCUAGAGCUGACCAGCUUCCAUCCCCCUGACAAAUCGUUUCGUUGCGGGGAUAGUCCUUAUAAGGGGGAUAUCGGUCAGAGCCUGCCUUAGUGAAACGUGAGUCACGACGGCUGUGGUUUUCGCCGGACGUCGCCCCCAGCCUCGCGAAGAAUGCAGGCGGCACGAUCGCGAAGCGUGAACGGGAAGAAUCCAUGGGUAACCGUCUCGUCGGACGUCGCGAGCCUCGCAUCGGGCUGCACGCUGGACGGCAUCUCCGCGUGCGGCGGCGGCGGCAACUUAACCGUGCAGCUAUCAUCCAAUGCAGCAGCAGGAGGGGGCCCCAUGCUGACUGUACCCUCCGGGAGUUCCUCAGGAGCCAACACUCCGUCGCAUCUGGGCCCGUCGAAAAUCAACUUCACGCGGACGGCGUCCAAGACGAGCCUGCAUAUGAACCAGGGCCGGAAUCCGAUCCACCUGCUGCUGCGGCUGACGGUCCCGCAGUUUCUCUUCCUAGUCGCCGCGUCGCUGAGCCUCCUCGGCGUGCUCAUGUUUCGCGGCGUGAUUCGGUCCGCGUGGAUCGGCGACUCGCAGUCCGGCGCCGGGUCGCUCUGGCCGCAACCAGAGCCGCUUAUACAGGAGCAUUCGGGGCAAGCUCCGUCGGACUUAUCCGGAUCCGGCUUCCUGCGCAGGGGUCGUCAACGAGCAGCGGGCGUGCUUCUAUCACGUAUGAAGCGAGGGUCGACGCGGUUAUCGUCGCGGGGCCUGGAGCAACUCCCGCUGCAUCGCCGGCUGGAAGCCGCGCUGGUCGUCUGCAAGCAGCAGCUAUCUGCCUGCAAGCCGUCACUUCUUAACUGUCGCCGGCUGAACGGCAGUGAGGGCCGCGACGGCGGGCUCCCAAGCGCCCAGGGGCUUGGUCCCGGUCGGCCUGGCAGCGCGGAAGUGCGGAGCGGGGUGGAUUCGGGGGAAGCGGGCUCGGGGGGAGCGGAUGCGGGGAAGGGAGUCCAGGGGAACGGUGCGGGGUCCGGUGAGUUGGAGUGUGACGAUAGCAGGGGCGUGCAGUGGUGCGUGACUAUAGCGGAGUCGUGCAAGCGGGUGUCGGUGCUGUUUCAACAGGAGCUGGGGAAGCUGGCGGGGAAGGGAGAGGAAGGUCGAAGCAACCCGGCAGGUGGUGCCGGGCAAGGCGAUUCUCAGGGGCGAAACGCGUCCCAGGGCACUCCGGCGGCGCCAGGGGACGCAGACGUGGGCUGCGAGCCCCUUGGCAUGCCCUUCCGCAACGCGUGCCUCUGCCCCGCCCUCAGGCCAGGCACCCAGGCCUGCGCGCCAUUCCGCGUGGAGGGCGAGCGGGCACUAGACGGGCAGCCCGUGUACGUGCCCCCGCCGUUCCUGGGGGACUUCAUCGUGUCUCGCAACGGGCUGGACGAGCUCACGCCGCCCACCCAGGGCAACGACACCGUGGUUCCGCAAAUCAGCAACACGGUGCGCACCCUAGCAGACGAACCCCAGCGACUCAUGCGACAGCAGCAGCCGCAGGAGCAGCAGCAGCAGCAGCAGCAGCAGCAGCAGCAGGGGAGGGGCGUGCGGAGAGCGGUGAUUGAAGGGCCGGGCAUGAAGGCAGUGUGGAAGGCCAUCAAGCCGCCCAAGACCAAGGGGCUGCGGACCAAGGGGCUCUUCCCCACGGCGGACAGUGUGCGGGGGCGUGUGUUCCAGAGCUGCGCAGUGGUGGGCGAGUCAGCGGCGCUUCUGGCGCUGCCGUGUGGGGCGCACAUCGACCGCCACGAGGCCAUCAUCCGUGUCGGCGCCGCUGCUGCCAGGCCCUGGAGCGGAUUCGUGGGGUCGCGGACGAGCAUCAGGGUGGUGCGGCCGGAGGAGCAGGAGAGGGCGAGGGAGGUAAAGCGCGAGAUGGUGCUGGUGGCCGCACAGUCCGAGCACGGCAUGCGCCAGUACCUCUCCUACCGCAGACGAAACACCACGAGCAAGCAUGAGCGGCACCACGCCCUCUCGCCCGCGUUUCUCACAUACGCGCGCACCCAAGCCCGCCUCAUAGACCGCCUGGUGGCGCAGGGGGAAGCAGCAGCAGCAGCAGGGGAAGGAGGGAGAGGGGGGAUGGGUGCGGUAGGGGGCAGCGGGAGGGAGGGAGUGGCGGGAGGAGGGGCGGGAGGAGCAGGAGGAGCAGGAGUGGAGGAGGAGGAAGCACUCCCCAAGGUGUCAGAGGGGUGGACGGCUCUCAUGCUUGCGCUCAACACAUGCCGAAGGGUGACGGUGUACGGAUGGCCGCUGAGCGAGCAGCAGACUGCGGCGCAGCGGGGCGGGGACACGCUGCUGCUGCCGCAGUCGUUGGCCACGCGCUGCCUGGUCAGUGACGACUCCUCGCCGCUGGACCGCCGCCGCCUGCUCGCUGUGCUCAGCACCGGCGCUGCCUCCCUCGGCAUGCCCUGCGCCCUCGAGUGCCUUCGAGGCCUUCCGUCCUGCCCACAGUGCAUUGGCGAUAACCUAAGCACCUCUCAUGUGGCAGACGGCUUGCAACGCUGGCGCAUGCUGCCUUUACCACCCACCGGAUGCUCCUCCUCAUCCUCCUCCUCUUCAUCCUCUUCCACCUCCUUCUUCCCCUCCAAAAGCCAAUCCUCCCAACAUCCACCCCCCGUCUCCUCAGCACUAGCAACAAGCACACAGGCACCCCCCACCACAUUAAUACAGCAACCUCACAGCGCAGCCAGUCCCACAGAGGGUAACGUUGCUGAUGGGGAGUCUGAAGCACUGCUUGACCUGCCUGGCACGAUGGAGGUUGGAGUGGCAGCCAUGCAGCUGCCCUCGUGGAUGGACACUGGCUUACCCCAUGACGUCUCAUAGCUCACAUUCACAUUGUACUGCUCACCCACAUCAAGGAUAAAUCGUUAGGGGCCCGGUUUUGCGCCCUGCCGAAUCCCGUCGUCUGCUGUUCCUUAAGUCCAUCGCAUGUUCCAUGACCGAACGGUCCAUGACUCAUUGGCUUUUGUGGCAAUUACUGCACUAACACGCAAGUAUAUUGUACGCAACUUGGGGUUUUU